CUUGAUUCUGGAAAAUGUUUUGCAUAUGAAACUAGAACGACCUUUCUACGCCGGCUCCGUCCAACCCUCCGCCCUGCCACAUUUUUUGUUUCCCUCCUUUUUUGCAGAGAAGAGAUGAGAGAGAAGGAGCGCGACAACGAAGCGUUUCUGACAUGGAAAUAGAAAUCAUAGACACUUACUAUGCUAGUUAAUAAAUUAUCUCCAUUCCUGCGCGGGUAUAUGGAUGCCUGAUUCUUCCAUUUCUUUUUUCAUUUUUCAUGAUUUGGAUCUUGAAACGGGACGGGCGAAGUUGUAGUACUUGGCCAUUGAUUCGUGUGUCGAGAUCAUUCUGUGAAUUUCCUUCAUCAAUCAGUUUACAGAUUCUCUGCUGCAGUUCAUUUUGUUGAAAAUGAAGAUAACUCAGGCGUGGAUUCCCCAGGAUAUGCAGAUUUUGCCAGGGCCUCGUCAUCGUACUCAUAUGAAGAGGCCUAUGUGGAUUAUCAUUUUGGUUUCCUUCAUCAUUGUAUUCCUUUUCUGUGCAUACAUGUAUCCACCUCAAGGUAAUAGUGCCUGUUACAUUUUUUCUUCUAGAGGUUGUAAGGUCAUUACGGAUUGGCUUCCGCCUGCUCCUGCAAGAGAACUUACUGAUGAAGAGGUUGCUUCUCAUGUUGUCAUUCGAGAAAUUUUGAAUUCACCUAUUGUACCAUCAAAAACUCCAAAGAUAGCAUUUAUGUUUUUGACUCCUGGGUCUUUGCCGUUUGAGAAGCUUUGGGACAAAUUUUUCAAUGGUCAUGAAGACAAAUUCACUGUUUAUGUUCAUGCAUCUAAGGAGAAACCAACUCAUGUCAGCAUCCACUUCUUGAAUCGGGAUAUUCAUAGUAAUCAGGUGGUGUGGGGUAAAAUUACUAUGGUUGAUGCAGAGAGAAGAUUGCUGGCGAAUGCUCUACAGAAUCCGGAUAAUCACCAUUUUGUUUUGCUUUCCGAUAGUUGUGUGCCUUUGUAUAGUUUUGACUAUAUCUACAAGUAUCUGAUGCCUUCAAAUAUAAGUUUUGUAGAUAGCUUUAAGGAUCCCGGUCCACAUGGAAAUGGCAGGUAUUCAGAGCACAUGUUACCGGAAGUGGAGGAGAAGCACUUUAGAAAAGGUGCUCAGUGGUUCACCCUGAAACGGCAGCAUGCUUUAAUAGUUUUGGCUGACAAUCUUUAUUACAACAAAUUUCGCAAUUACUGCCAGCCAGGUUUCGAAGGGCGCAAUUGCAUAGCUGAUGAGCACUACUUGCCGACCUUUUUCAAUAUUGUUGAUCCCACUGGAAUUGCAAAUUGGUCAGUAACACAUGUUGAUUGGUCUGAAAGAAAGUGGCAUCCAAAAUCGUAUAGAGCAGAGGAUCUUACCGAUGAGCUUUUGCAGAAUAUUACGUCAAUUGAUGUGAGUGUGCAUGUAACAAGUGACAAGAAGAAAGAAGUACAAAGGUGGCCUUGCGUGUGGAAUGGUAUGCAACGGCCUUGUUACCUAUUUGCAAGAAAAUUCUAUCCCCAAGCUCUGGAUAAGUUGCUGUAUUUUUUCUCCAACUAUACGACAAAUUGAGUUAGGUUUUUAUGUUCACAUAUCUUUUUGAAGUUUCAGAUUCUUUGGCAUCAAUAACUUACCAAGUUUUUUGUUCAAAUCUGGUAUUUUAUUCAGUUAUAGGUUGUAAAUUCCUGUCUUGGGAAGGUUUUAAUGUGACCAACCACCAUUCCUGAGUGCAUCAAGCUGCUUGCCGAGUGCCUAAGGUGAUCUGGUAGGAAGCUAACAAGUUGGUGUUGCUUCCUCGGGGAUGGGCGACAUAUUAUCUCUUUUUUACUUUCCGUUUUUUAGGAUUUUUUUUUUUUUUUUUUUAAUUUUUGGUUAGGUUUAGCACAGACGCACAGAUGAUUUUGAAGGAAGAUUAUUUCCAUAUAUCUUGUUGUAAUAUUUUGUAAACAUGAGGAUCUGAACUUGCAUCUUGCAAUUUUUUACAAAUAUGUUAAUCUUUUGUGUUUCAAAGUA